AGUUCACAAAAGGCCCCUCGGAGUAGGGGCGCGACCGUGGCUCUUCGCUACGCGCCGCGGAGGGUGGGAGGCCCUCAAGAUGGCGAUGCUGGCGGAGCCCCGAAGAAGGCAGAAGUGGUCUGUGGAUCCACGAAAUAGCGCUUGGAGUAAAGAUGAAUCUAAAUUUGGCCAGAAGAUGCUGGAAAAGAUGGGCUGGUCCAAAGGAAAGGGUCUUGGGGCUCAGGAACAAGGAAAUACAGAACAUAUCAAGGUUCAGGUGAAAAACAACACGCUGGGGUUAGGAGCAACCAUCAACUAUGAGGACAACUGGAUUGCUCAUCAGGAUGACUUCAACCAGCUUCUGGCUGAACUGAAUGAUUGCCACAGACAGGGUGAAACAGAGUCCUCAGUGAGUAAUCAGAAGAAGACAUUCAGUCUUGAAGAAAAAUCCAAAUCUUCCAAGAAACGUGUCCAUUACAUGAAGUUUGCAAAAGGUAAGGAUCUCUCUUCGCGCAGUGAAGAUGAUCUGUCCUGCAUAUUUGGGAAGCGACAGAAGAGUAUGAAAACCCAGGAGGAUAUUACCAAUCCUGAGUUUCAGGAAGAGAAGCAGAGAAGCCGCUGGCUAUCUGAGCCUGCAGACGGCUACAAUACCGUGAAGAGCGUUCUCACCGUACAGGAAUAUUUUGCCAAGCGCAUGGCAAAACUGAAGGGAUCCCAGAAUGAAACAGAAAUAAGGGGAGACAAUUCCUGCUCAGUAGCUGACAAAGCUUUGGAGCCUUCGGAAGAACUGAAAACCAAAGUCAAAAAGAAAAAGAAGAAGCAGAAGAGAGAUGAGGCAGAGAGUACAGAGCACUGCGAGAAGCCAGAAGUGAAACAACCUAAGAUGGGUAGCUUGAAUGAAAAGGAACUGGAUGAUCCGUUAAAUGAAUGUCACUCAGGGAAAAAGAAAAGGAAACAUAAAGUGCAGCUCAAAGGGGAAAACAUCAGUUGUGAUGAAAAUAUGGGCAAUGGAGAAAUUUAUGCGGGAGUAUCUGAUGGGGAAGAUCUCGGCAUAAAGGACUGCGAGGCAAAGCAAAAGAAACGCCAUAAGAAGAAACACAAAAAGCAAACAGAAGAGACAGAUGAGUGUAUCAAAGGAGCGCAGAGAAAGAAAAAGAAGCACUACAAGCACAUUUAACCAUUUAAGAGUCAAGCUGAGACUCUGAGAUGAUUUGAACUUGAGCACAUUAGAGAAGUCUGUGUAAACACACCAGCCAGACCCCACGUUGUACUCCAGUCUUGAGCUCACUGCUCUCCCUCCGACUGAAACCACAGGCCGUGUUUAAAUACAUCUUUUCCAAGGGAGAACAUGGUGACAGGCCAGCAUGAGCUACAGUGCCAUGUUAAAAAGAUACCCAUGCGUCGGGCCAAGGCUUGCGUGUCUGCAAAGCAAGACUUGAUAAAACCCAGUGAGGCUUUGCCUCUUCCAGUGUGGCAGGUGGUUCACCGUAGCGGCUUUGCAAGUGCUGUGGUUUAACACAGCAGACCCUGUGCUGCCUGCAGCCUGGAUUCGUUCUGGGGCAACUCCAUUCAAGUCCAAUAACAGCAAGCAAAAACCAGGCCUGGUUGUAACCACUGUGCUCAAGACUGUGAAAGGCAGUGAAUUUCUAUCUGCUGCUUCACACUGACUGUGUUUUUCUCAAUCUGGGGGGGAAGAGUCAUCCUACUACUACCUUUAUUUUUACAGACACUGUUGUUUCCACUGUGAUAGCCCAGCUCUGCUUCUGGGAACAGGAGGGAUUUUGCAAAGCUGUCUGUACUUUUUCACUGACUUUUGCAAACUAGUGCCUAAUUUUUUCAUGGAUCUCCUUUGACAUACAGAAUGAAUGUUGUUUCUUCCCAAAAUACUUACUCUAAUUAAAGGUUUACACCUCAGUGUCAGUACUAAAGAAUGAAAUAAAAACAUCUCCCUUUGUUUCUUA